AUGCAAGAAUUUCCUGUUGCAACACCACACAACAACCUCCUCUCUUCCAUUGCCACACUUCUUCUCUCUUUCCUUCCACCACAACAACCACACACAGCAAUCACAACAACCACACCCAUCUCUUUCACCCAUUCCUCAUUCACUUCCAUGAUCCACAACAACUACAACUACAACAACAUUAACAACAACACUAACUCCACUUCUCCAUCCUUCAAUCUUUCCUCCGUAUGUCAUCCUUUUCUCUUCCAACCAGGUCUCUCUCGAGAAUGGAACGGAACCUAUGAAUUUGGACUCUGUCCCGAUACCUAUUCAAGUUUUGCCUUGUGUUUGAUUUUAGUGGUGGCCUAUGUCAUGACCGUGGGUUUGAGUGGAAUUGGAAUUUUCUGGAAGAGACAGAGUGGACAUGUGAAAGCUCGAGAUCCUCUUUAUUUGGAAAUGACUUGUGUGGCAAAUUUUGUGUUUGUGGUGGGUUUGACCAUGAGGAUUGUGGUUGGAAGGAAAUUGUUUCCGUGUGGAUUGUUGACGGUUUGCUUUUUUAUUUUACCACCAGCCAUGAUGUUACCCACCGUAUUUCGAUUAAUGAGACUCUAUCUCAUGUACAGAAUUAAUUUAAAAAAGAUGAAAUUAUUUGAAAGUCCGAAAACCAUCGCCACCAAUACCUCAGUCAAAGAAAUUGAUCCAACAACAACAGAAGCAGCAGUUCAUGCAACAAUGACCAUUCCAUCCAUCACCAAUACCACUGCCACGGCACCAAAUUCUAUCGAUAAGAAUGAUUCUCUCAAUCAUUCGAAAUUAAUGAUGAACUUUGCCAUGUUUGGACAAGAAGAUAUUUCACAUCGACAGGAACUUGUUUCCAAUGUCAUGAAUCCUCCAUCCAAUGUUGCACUCUCUCUUGAAAUUUCGCACCACCUUGUACAACAACAACAGAUGGAGCUUUUUCCACAGGUCGAUUUUCAAGCACUCGAUGAGGAUCCAACCUCCACCGAUAAUGAUUCUGAAACGAUGGCUGACAUUUCGACGUGGCGUCUCAGUGAAGUGAAGGAUUUCUCAGAAGUGAAAAAGGAAAUUAGAAAUUUGAAAAUCAUGAACUUUUUUGUAAGCUACAAAUUUAUAUUAUUGAUGUAUGGAUUGGCCUUUGUGAUGGGUGUGGCCAUUUGGUUAUUACUUGGAACCAUUGAAGAAGUCAUUUACAAUUCGAGUCAAGAUCCCAAUAAGAAACGAAUAUUUCUUUUGGAGGGAGGAAUGUUGGUGUUUGAUCGAGGAUGUGGAUUUACAACAACGACCAUUCUAAUAGUUGGAUUGGAAGCUCUUUUUUAUAUUGUUAUUGAAGUGAUAUUCUUGAUAUUGAGCUUUUUUGCAGAUCGAGACACUUGGAGUAUUAAGAAAGAAGCUUUGAUUUUAAUUAUUUUUCAAUUGAUUGCUGCAGUGAUUUUUAUUGUGGUUAUUACUGAAAUUUUGUUGGAUUAUUUGGUUCCAACAGGUUUGGCACUUUGGGUUUAUAACUAUUUGGAAGUUUGGAUUUGUGUGACACUUCCUGUCAUUUAUGCCAUUCGAUACGAUGCACGUCAACAACAACAACAAUUCAAUUCCAACGAUUGCAAUGAUUUAGAGCUUCAACCUGUGACAACCAUUCAAGGCGCCUCUAGAGAAAGUGGACUCGAAAAAAUUCUUAAAAACAAAUAG